UGUGAAGCAGGAGCUCAUGUUAAUGGGGAAUACUUUGAACGUUUGUCAUUUUUGAAGUAACAGAUUAUGUAAUUAUUUGAAUGUAUUUAGCUUUGAUAAACUAGAAACAUCGACGAUUACUUCCGCUGUGGUGGUGAGAACAGAUCUACUCCGUGUGCCUGUGGAGGAAAACUACAAGCACAAAACAAAACUAGAUUUCUGUCAUGGAUGGCACAAGAAUAGAAGAGGAGGAUGAUUGCCCAGAGCUGGUGCCCAUCGACAACCAGCCUGCUCCUCGUGCAGCACAGAUACCGGUCACUAUCAUCACAGGUUACCUUGGUGCUGGAAAAACUACACUCCUGAACUACAUCUUAACAGAACAGCACAACAAACGGAUUGCUGUCAUCCUCAAUGAAUUUGGAGAAGGCAGCGCUCUGGAGAAGUCCCUGGCUGUGAGUCAGUCUGGAGAGCUGUAUGAGGAGUGGCUGGAACUGAGAAACGGCUGUAUCUGCUGCUCUGUCAAGGAUAAUGGUCUUAAAGCCAUCGAGAACCUGAUGGAGAAGAAAGGAAAGUUUGAUUAUAUCUUAUUAGAAACCACAGGACUCGCUGAUCCAGGAGCCGUCGCCUCGAUGUUCUGGGUGGAUGCUGAGCUUGGCAGUGAUAUCUAUCUGGACGGCAUCGUCACAGUCAUUGAUGCCAAAUACGGACUGCAGCAAUUAACAGAAGAGAAAGCUGAUGGACUCGUCAAUGAAGCAGCCAGACAGAUCGCCGUCGCUGACCUUACAAUCAUCAACAAGAUGGACCUGGUGACCGAAGAGGAGCUGAACCGAGUCAGAGACGCCGUCAGGUCUAUAAAUGGUCUCGUCAAGAUCCUGGAAACACAGAGAUCGAAGGUGGAUCUCUCUGAGGUGCUGGACCUGCACUCCUUCGACUGUGAGAAUGGAACAAAUCUUUCAGAGAAACUCCAGCUUGCGGAUCCUGCCAGGCCACAUCUCGACAAGAGUAUUUUAACGGUGACCUUUGAAGUGAGUGGGGAUCUGUCCGAGGAAGCCCUGAAUGCCUUCAUCCAGGAUCUCCUGUGGGAAAAGAUGUUCUGUAACAAAGAAGGGAACCCGAUGACUGUCGUUCGGUUGAAGGGCAUUGUUUCUUUUGCAGAUAAAGCCCACCAAGUGAUGCUGCAGGGGGUCCACGAGCUGUACGAGGUUAAUGAGACGCCACAGCUCUGGGAGGAGAACCCACGGGUCAACCGGCUGGUCUUUAUAGGAAGGAACCUGGACAAGGACGUCCUCCAGGAGAAGUUCAUGUCUUCUGUGGUGCUGGGGACACACAGAAAUUAGAAGCUGCUUCACAACAACAUCUCGACUGAUUGUUUUGCACGUUUAGUAAAAGUGGCCGCUCACCGAUUCGAGACGUUCUCUAUGAGAUUUGUUCUUUUCCUACGAGGAUGAGAACAGUUAUGGUCGGUUGAGUAUUUCCACACCAUCCAAAGCUGGAGAGCUGGGUGUGUGUCUGGAAAUUUACUCAACACCUGGCAGACAUCUGAAAUAAGUAAAAGUUUUUGCUCAUACAGCAUUCUGUCGAGCGUUUACUUUUCAGAGUCUGCAUUUUUUGGAUAGGUGGGAAUUCCUUUUGGAGAAACAUCACUGAAAUUGAAAUAGUCAUGCUUGAAUUCAUUUAGAAUUAUUCUAAAAUAAAGUUUUCUUAGAGAGAUUGUAUUUGUUACUUUCUGAAGUACCAAAAAAAAAGGGGGGUUUAAUUAUUUGUUAGCUUAGCUUUUAUUGAGGUAACAGCUCUGGGCUAUUAACAUCACAGAGACACAGUCCCAUUGUGUUUCGGUGGCAGGACCACUAUGAUAUUCAAAGUGUGGAGAGGCCUCACAGGACAUUACCAUUUCAGCUUUUAUUGUUGUAAAACACAGUAAAAGUGUGGUUAGAAUAAAGGUGGAGAGAUAUCAAGGGGAACUUAGCACCACUAGUUUUUCACAUUUGACCUCUCCCUAGAUAAUACUAGAGCUUGAAGUGAAUGAAGUAAUCUUUUAUUUUAUUUAUUCCUCUUUGUAUCUACUUUUACAGUUUUGCUAUAGAAAUGCAUUUUUCUUUCUCUCUUUUUGACGUGUUUGACUUGAAAUUGUUGUGAUUGAACCCUUUCUGUUCAGAAUGACCCAGAAUGGGUCAAAAAUGAUCAGUUUUGACAUUUGACAGCAGUACAGUUAUUUCACUGUGACUCUUGGUGACUCUAAUGUGAAACAAAAUACUAAAUAAAUAUUACACUGGUAAGAAAAUUACUUUAUUAUGGCUUUGUGCAAACAUCUACUAUAUGUAUUUGAGAUCUGUCAAGUUGGAUUUUGAAUCCAUGAGCUAAAUGUUAGUUCAGCAGCACUAAUACAUUUACAUUUUGCUGUC